GAUUUUGGAAAAUUUCUUUAAUUUUGACAAAUGAUAGAAUAUUGCAUCUACUGAAGAAGAACGAAGAAAGAAUCCUCCAGAACCUAAGCAAUUUGGUAUUAAUAUUCCACGUGAAAAAUCAAAAAGUACCUCCUUAAGUAAAACAUAAUUCCUAAUACUACGUAUUUAAGACAGCAAUUAGUAUUAUCUUAAUAGUACAUAUUAUUAAUCAUUUAAAUUUGUAUAUUCAGUAUUUUUGCCUCAAACUGAUGUAUUAUUUUAUUAAUCAUAGAAAUCCUUGCCGCAUUUUCAACUAGAUUCUAGUAAAUAAAUCAAUACUAUAUUGGGAUAAGAAUUUUUGGAAAUAUUCCACGACAUUGCACACAACUAUCCUUUUAGGAGACGGCGCUUCAGAGGUCAUUGGAGAGACAGGCGAAUGGCCAAUGAAUAUAUUGUCCCACGAGCUUACCCGCCCUUUUAUCUCAUUUCAUUUCCUGGAAAUGCCCUGAAGCGCCUUUUUCUUUUCCAUACUUUUACAUCUUAACAUUAAUUACUUAUCAUAUGUCUCCUUUUAUUUCCGUCUAUUCUUCUCCCGAGCUGACAGGAAGAGAAAUACUCCAUUCAUUAUCUUUCACGAUUACGUAACGUUGCAAAUAAUACAGUGCAUCUCUGCAGAUGGCGUAAUAGUCGUAUUAAUGACACAUCGCUGGCAAUCGUUACCAUCCACGUGUAUUAAUUAUUCGCAUCUUUGUGUUUUUCUUUCGUUUAUCUCAAUUUAUUAAGUAUCGCGUUUCUUAAAGCAAAUGAUCAGAAAAUCUAUGUAAUUCCAACAUGAAUCUUUCGUCAUAAAUAACACGGUGUUAUUUUCAAAAUAAGACAACUGUCACAGUGAUAACGUGGUAUCAGAGAGGAAAUUUGUUAUCAUUGUUUGUUUCAAACAGAGAGUACCAAAGUACAAUCAGCUAGUUACUUUCUUCGUUGUACCCUCUAGCGGGAAAUUGGCAACACUUUCAAACAGGAACAAUGGAAAUCUGCAUCGAUUCUAUAGAAUCAGCGAAAAACGCGAUCAGAGGUGGUGCAACGAGACUCGAAGUUUGCUCUGCCCUUUCCGAGGGUGGUUUAACGCCCACUCCUGGCUUUUUGCGAUUACUUAAAAUCAUUUCACCGUUACCACUCUACGCUAUGCUUCGAACACGUUCUGGAAAUUUUAUAUACACGAAGGAAGAAAUGGAUGUUAUGCUGCUGGACUUAAAACUAUUGAAAGAACACGGUGCUAGUGGAUUCGUUUUUGGUGCAUUGACACCAGACAACGAAAUUGAUGUAAAAUCUUGUCAAGACAUUCUUUCUGCUGCUCGACCAUUACCAGUAACCUUUCAUCGAGCCUUCGACGAAGUCAACGACCCCUUAAAAUCCUUGCAAAUUUUAAUAAACCUAGGUUUUGAAAGGGUUCUGACUUCUGGCCAAAAGGAUACUGCCGAGGAGGGGUUAGAAUUAAUACAGAAGCUCGUUCAAGAGGCUCAAAAUAAAAUUAUCGUAAUGCCAGGUUCUGGUAUUACUAAAGAUAAUAUCUUAAAAAUAAAAGUGGCAUCUGGAGCGGAAGAGUUUCAUGCAUCUGCUAGAAAGAUGAUAACUUCGCAUGGUACAAAUAGAGUUAAAAUUGGCGCUAAUAAAGAAACUUGUAUUAUGGUGACUGACCAGGAAAUGGUAGAAGAAAUGGUUCGAAAUGUUCCAGUUGUUUUUUGAAUAUGAUUUUAAUGGUUUUCAUGAUUUUAUUAACACUUUCAACAAUUAUACUUGUCAAAAACACUAAUAAAUAAUAGUUCAUAAUAAGCGAAUAUUUGUCAAAAAAUUUUUACAACUCUAUAUUAGAAAAAAAGAUGUUUCAAAUUGUCUAUAUAUCAAUUUCAAUCUCGAUAAAAAUUGUUAAAAUGUUGAAUCAUGUUUGAACGUAAAUUGCAAUAUCUACUGUUCAGUAAAAUACGAAAUCGAGAAAAAAUGCGACGAUAUGAGUUACGCAGAUACACUGACUUUAAAGCAGCGUAAGAGGCAUGAAAAAGUGCGCGCAAUAGCAAAAUUAUAUUAAUAAUCUAAGUUAUAUAAAUAAAUACUUGUAUGAAAAAAUGA